AUGGAUAACACAUUUGAUUAUAGCCAAAUAGAUAUAGAUGAUUUUGAUGAAUUCAACGAUUUCUGUAAUAUAAGAGACAAGAAAAAAAAAAAAGAUAGUUAUUUUUCUGCUGAUUAUGAUGAAAAUAAUAAAAAAGGUACUGAUAGUACAAAAAAUAAAGAAGGAGUAAGAAAAAGUAAGAAAGAAAAAAGUCAUAAAAAGAAUAAAAAAAAUAGUAAAUCAACUAAUUAUUCUUAUUCUUCUAAUGAGAAAAGAUUAGAUAAUGUAGAAGAAAAUGAAGAAUAUGAUUCUCUUUAUAAAAAAAAAAAAAAAAAUUAUAAAAAUAAUCAAUAUUUAAAUUCGAAUAAUUUGCAAAAUAAUUUAGACAGCGUAAUUGAAAAAAGUAGUUAUGAUGAUAAUAAGUCCAAUAAAUAUAUGGAGAAUUUAAAAGAAGAUUAUGACAUAGGAAAAAAAAAGAGUUAUGAAGAAAAUAACAAAAAAUAUAUAAAUGACAGUAAUAAUAAUAAUAAUAAUUCUAACUCUAAAUCAAAGAAUAAUAAAAAUAAAGAAAAAUUAAAAUAUUACAGAUGUCGCUAUUGUGAAAUUGAUUCAAUUGACAGCGUUGUUCAAUGCAAUAAUUGUAAUCGGUGGUUUUGUAAUGGCUCAUAUGGGACAUGUGGUAGUCAUAUUGUUACUCAUUUAGUUCGAUCGAAACAUAAAGAAAUUAAAUUACAUAAAAAUAGUUUACUAGGUGAAACAAUUUUAGAAUGUUACAAUUGUGGUUGCAGAAAUGUAUUCUUGUUAGGUUUCUUGCCAACUUCAGAAGAAGGAGUAGUUGUCAUUAUCUGUAGAGAUCCAUGUUUAGCUAAUUGUAUUUCAUUAAAUGAAAAAAAUAUAACAAAAAAUGAAAAUAAAAGUAUCAUAAAAGAAGAGGGGGAGGAAAAGGAAGAAAAGGAUAAAGAAGAUGAAGAUGAAAAUAGUGAAGAGGAUAGUACAAAUAAAAGAAAGAAUGAAAUCAGUGUGAGUGAUGAAAAUGAAUAUAGUGAUUUGAAUGAACAAGAAAAAAAUAAAAUUGGUGAUAAUUAUAUUAAUAAUGAAAGAAAUGAAAUAAAUAAUAAUAAGAAGAAAUUUAAUGAAAGUGAAGAAAGGAAUAAAAUAAAUAAUAAAGAAAAAAUUAAUAGCUGUGAUAAUGAAGAUGGAAAAAAGAAAAAGAAAAAAGAAAAAAAGAGUAAUAAUAACAAUAUAUACAAUAAUUUAGAGGAAUUAGGAAAUAUAAAAGAUUGGAAUUUAAAAAAGUGGCAGCCUUUGAUAGAAGAUAGAAGUUUUCUUGAUUGGUUAGUUAGCAUACCAUCUACUGAAGAAGCAGAAAAAAAAGGUAAAUUAGCUACUUCUUAUAAUGUAAAUAAAUUAGAAGAAUUGUGGAAAAAUAAAAAGGAUGUUUAUAUAGAUGAAUUAGAUUUAGAAAUAUUAAAUGAUGAGCCAAUAAAAGUUGAAUUAAAAUAUGAGGAUGCUCACCAUUAUCAAUCAAUAUUCGCACCACUUGUUCAAUUAGAAGCAGAUUAUGAUAAAUCUAUAAAAGAAGGCCAAAAGCAAGCAAAUGUUACUGUUCGAUGGGAUGUUGGUUUAAAUAAAAAGAGAUAUGCUCAUUUCAUUUAUGUAAAAGAGGAGAGUGAAUUAAGAUUGGUAGCAGGAGAUGAAUUGAAAUUAUCAUAUACAUAUCCAAAUGGAAAGGUGUGGAGUUGUGAAGGACAUAUAUCAAGAUUACAUAAUACAGAAGAAAUAGCACUGGAAUUAAGAAUUUUAGGCACGGCUGAUGGGCCUUGGGUAGAUAAUAUAACUACAGGAUUUACUGUUGAAUUUGUUUGGAAAAGUACUGCUUAUGAUCGUAUGCAAUUAGCAUUGAAUGAAUUUGCAUUAAAUUCUUAUUCAUUAAGUGGCUUUUUAUAUCAUAAAUUAUUAGGACAUGAUAUUUCAGAAGAUUCUUUAGAAUAUAAUAAAAAUAAUUUUUAUAAACAGAUGCAAAAAAAAGUAAUGAGUAUAAGAAAUUAUUCAGCACCAAAUUUAGCUCCCCUUAACCAUUCUCAAAUAGAUGCAAUUAAAAAAAGUUUACUAUCUCCUUUAUCAUUAAUUCAAGGUCCACCAGGAACAGGAAAAACGUUAACUUGUGCAACGUUAGUGUAUCAUUUAUCGAAAAUGAAUAUGGGUAAAGUUUUGGUAACAGCUCCAAGUAAUGUAGCUGUAGAUCAAUUAUCUGUCCGAAUACACAGAAGUGGUUUAAAAGUAGUAAGAUUAUGUGCGAAAAGUAGAGAAUCUGUACCAAGUGUAGCUGACUAUUUAUAUUUACAUAAUCAAAUGAAAUUACUGAAAACAGAUAUAGGUGAAGAAUUAAAUAAACUACUAGAAUUAAAAGAGGAAGUAGGGGAAUUAUCUCAAAAAGAUGAAAGGAGAUUAAAAAAAUUAAUUUCUUAUGCAGAACAUGAAAUAUUAAUAGCAGCUGAUGUUAUUUGUGCUACAUGCGUUGGUGCUAUGGAUAAAAGGUUAAAAAAAUUUCGUUUUCGUCAAGUAUUAGUUGAUGAAGCUACACAAUCAACAGAACCUGAAUGCUUGGUUCCAUUAGUGACAGGUGCAAAGCAAAUUGUUUUAGUUGGUGAUCAUUGUCAGCUAGGGCCGAUUAUUGUUUGCAAAAAAGCAGCAAAUGCAGGAUUAGGAAAAAGUUUAUUUGAAAGAUUGGUCAUGUUAGGGAUUACUCCAUUUAGAUUAGAAGUACAGUAUCGUAUGCAUCCAGCUUUAAGUGAAUUUCCUUCAUAUGUUUUUUAUGAUGGAAGUUUGCAAAAUGGAAUUACAUUGAAAGAAAGGGAAUAUCCUUUGAAAGAUUUUCCUUGGCCCAAUCCUAAAUGCCCAAUGUUUUUUUAUAAUUCAACAGGACUUGAAGAAAUGUCUGCAUCUGGAACAAGUUAUUUAAAUAGAAGUGAAGCAUCUAAUAUGGAAAAAUUAGUUCGAACAUUAUUGAAAUGUGGCUUAAAACCUAAUCAAAUAGGUGUCAUUACCCCUUAUGAAGGGCAAAGAGCAUAUAUCACUUCAUUGUUCCAAAAAAAUAUUUCUUUUCAACAUUCAGCAGAAAUUGAAGUUGCUUCUGUUGAUGCUUUUCAAGGAAGAGAAAAAGAUUUUAUUCUUUUAUCAUGUGUUAGAUCUAAUAAAAAAUUAGGUAUAGGUUUCUUAAACGAUCCUAGAAGAUUAAAUGUUGCUUUAACUAGAGCUAAAUAUGGACUAAUAAUAUGUGGUAAUGCAAAAGUAUUAUCGAGACAUCAUUUCAUAUCAAAAGAAAAAAUAAAUUCCAAUGAAACAAUUACUAAUGUUAAUUCAGUAUGGAUAAAUUUGUUAAGUCAAUUCAAAAAAAAAGAUUUAAUUGUAGAAGGAUGUUUAUCUAAUUUAAAGCCUGUUAAUAUUAAUAUUCCUACUCCUACAAAAUUGCCAUCUAGAUAUACUAAUUUCAAUUAUUUUCAAAAUUAUGAAAAAGAAAAAAAUAAAAUAUCUAAUACCUCACACAACAGAAAAUAUAAUAGUAAUAAUAAUAAUAAUUCAUUUAUCAAUGUUAAUCUAUCUAAUAAUAGUUACUGUAGUGAUUCUAUUAUAAAUAAAGAUUUUUUUAGUUAUAUUAAUAAACAUGGAAAUAAAAAUAUUUUUAAUUCAUAUAUUAAUAAUUUAAGUCAGUUAUCUCAAUUUAAUGAUUAUUCUAUUGAUACUAAAAAUUUCUUAACAGAAAAUAACAAAAAUUAUGAUAUGUCUAUUCCACCAAACAAUAAUUUCUCAACUCAUAAUUUAUUGUAUUAUAAUAAUCAAAGUGAAGAUAAAAAUGUAUCUAAUAAUUCAUUAGAUUUAAAUAAUAAGGAAAGUUAUGAUAAUUCUGUUUCAAAAAACUACGAUAUGUUUUUUCCCUAUUUAUUUUAUUAUAAAAAUAAUCAAAAUAAUGGUUCUAUUCCAUAUAUAUAUUUGAAUGAGAAAAAUGAAUCUACUCAGUCAACUACAAAUAAAAAAUUCAAAAAUAACAUUUUGAGUAAUUCUCCUAUUCAAAAUAUGAUGUCUCAAGGUAGUUCUAUGAUUUUUGAUGAUUUUAAAUUAAAUUGUGAUAAUACACAACAACUAUCUCAAAAUACGCAAUUUACCUAA